AAGCAAUUCAAUUAGAAUUGGGAAGAAAUUGGAUUAAAGUGGCAUUUUGAACUGAGCCUAAAUUGAAACCAUUUAAAGCCAAUCCUAAAACUCUUUCUCUGCACCCCCAACUUGUGUUACUUUUGGCAAUUUCGGAACAGGGAGCCGCAUCAGUUUACCGUGAAAGUUAGUGAGAGAGAGAUGAUUUGGGCGUGAGGGUUGUGGUUUACGGAAGAGGGUUUCAACGAUUGUGCAGAUGGAUGGAAAGGUUGCCCCCAAUCAGUAGGGCGGAAGAAGCGAGCACGUACAUUGAUUUCAUUGAUAAACUCCAGUCUGAUCCAGUUUGAGAAAUGGCGAAAGGUAUCAUAUGGGCAACAGCAGAGGAUUUAGCGAGGAACCGUGGGCGUGUUAUAUCUCUUUAUCGCCAGAUAUUGCGAAGCCUCAACUCCCCAAAUUUGCCUCUCAGCUUUGCAGCUAGAUUGGCAAAGAAGGCGGAGGUUCGUGCCAUUUUCAUGCUUGCUUCUGAAGAGCGAUCUCUUCACAAUAUUGAAGAUCUCAUUGAUACUGCUGAGUACUCCCUUUCUCUUUUAAGGAAGGGAGAAAUUCCCAAAUAUAUUCAAUGAGUUACCCUUUGGUUCUCUUAUGUCAAUUUUAUGUUAGUUUCCUCUCUAUCUACAUGAAUGAGCGAUACUUAUGCUUUCUCUUUGUCUAAAUUUUUUUGACUUUACUUUUGGGUUCUGCUACAAUAUUUUGUAUUUGAGUGUCAUACAUAAAAAACUCAUCGACUUGAUACUAAUCUAUCUAAACUUGAUGUUGACCCUUUCA